AUGGCAGAGGCAGUUGUAAAUACCGCUGAAAGCCAAGCAGAAACUCCAACUUCCACAGAAGAGACAGAGGAAACAUCUACAGAUGGUCAGUAAAUGUUAUUUUUGACGAGAAUAUGGUUUGUUUGUUGUGUGCAGCUGUUCGUCGUGUUCCUAUAUUUUCAAACCGCAGUUGCGUUGGUUUUUUCUUAUUGAAAUGUUAUUUAAGAAAGCCGAUUUUCUUUAAUACUCAGGGAUAGCUGAAGAGGAAGUGGUUCAGACUGUGGAAGAACUGAACUAUCAUCCCGAUUGCCCAGUUUGUCUACAACCAAGUUUUUAUCCGGUUAAACUUCCUUGCGGCCACAUCUUUUGCUUUUUAUGCAUAAAAGGUGUUGUUUUACGAAGCCGAAAGUGCGCUUUAUGCCGCCAUGCGGUCACCGCAGUCUACCUUGAAAACCCUACGUUUAUUAGAGUUGUAGAAAAAGAUAGCAAGGAAGAGAACUCUUGUAAAACAGUUGAGAAAAAUGGCGAUGGAUCAAGCGAGGAUCAAGAUUUUGUUUGGUACUACGAAGGCCGCAACGGAUGGUGGGCUUACGACGAGAAGACUUCUCCGGAAGUAGAAAAAGCUUUCAAAAGUGGACAGAGAUCAUGUAGUCUUCUCAUUGCCGGUUUUCUUUACGUGAUAGACUUUGAAAACAUGUUUCAAACGCGUAAGAACGAACCGGGUAGGAGGAGGAGAAUCAAGCGUGACAAGAGGGAUGUAGAUAGAAAGGGUGUAGCUGGAAUUCGCAUUCCUCCUUCAUCGCGGUUAACCGCCCCUGCUCAAACAGCGGAUUCCUUGAGCAUUGAUAAAAGAGAUAACGGCGAAAACCAAGGCGAGGUUGUACACUCCACAUCUGAAGUCUCAAAUGAUACAUCAUCAACACAGCACGUCUUGGGGGAAUCCUCCCAAGUGCAAAGCCAAGGGGAGUCUGGGGUUGAGGAAGUGGCUACUAGGUUAGAAGUCCAUUUUACACAUAGCAUAAACUAA